AUGGCGACGCGAGCGCCCCGCCAAGGGCUGUCGCCGCGCCGCCGGGAGCGGCUCCUGCGCGUGCUCAAGCAGGCGCAGCAGGCGCAGCGACCACCUCGCCUCAAUGCGUCCCUCACCGAGCCAAGGAGCGCGCCCGGGGUUGGCGACGUGGGGCGAAAGGCCAAGGGUUCGAACCCCAAAGCCGAGCUUCGCAUUCACAAGGUGCUGCAGAGUCGAGAGACGCGGACGCCAGUUGUUGUAUCGUCGAGCUGCAACCAGCACCAACAAGACCUCGAGGAUGAAGACGCUCGCGUCCUCGCCUACGAAGCAUUCCAGCGGCAAGAGAGAAAGGCCCAACAGCGAGCGUACAGCAGCGCCCUCAUCGAGCAGAUGAACGCCAAGCUACAGCUGCAAGACGACGACGCCGUCGACGACCGACUCUACGCGGAGCAUCUCGCGUGGGAAACCGUUCAAACCAACGUCUACGAGAAGACCAAGGUGGACGCCAAGCGCAAGGUCACGACUGAGAUGCACGCAGCGCACCGGGCGACGGCCGACCAAGCCAAGCGGUGGCAGGCCGUGCAGGACCUUCUUCAGCGCUUUAACGAUCGCAUGCUCAUCUUGCCACCGGCCGAGGCGCGCCGCGCCUUUGACGACGCGGCGCGCGAGCUCCACCGCGUCUGCGCGAGCGUCUUUGCCUCGAAGGACAAAAACGAGUGGCUUGCCGUCGAGCGCUGCCUAGCUGACAGGCUGCCACGUAUUUUCCACGAGAUUCAAAUGAACGAGGCUCGCGAGCUCCGGGCUGCGGAGCUCGCUGCGGCCAAGCAGACCCAAGUUCGCAUCGUCAAAGAGAGCCAGAAGAGCCAGAUUGACCAACGCGCGACGCUCCGACACGACCGAAGACAUGAAGAGCGGGCGCUCUUGCAUGCGCUGGAGCAGGACAAGGCCAAGCUCGACGCCCACGUCGCUGCCGCGCAGGAGACGUGGCAGGCACGUCAGCAGCAGCACCAAGCGGCGCUUCGCGACCAAAUUCUGGCGCGGGCAGAGCUACGCAAGCUCGACCGGCCGUUCCAGCAGCGACCGAAAGGACCGGUGGUGCGACGCGAGACCAGUCGCCCGCCAUGGUGGGUCAACCCCGAAGGUCCUGUCGCACCACCGACACUGGCCGUCGAGCUCUCGUUUCCCGCUAAGACCGAUCAUUUUGGCCGUAAAAAGUGCUCCUGGUACGACUAG